CCGGCGAGUGUCAGUCCCCUGCACAACAUGGCGGAGGAAGAGGCUGUCUCUCCCAGCCAGGAGUCCUAUUUGGCCUCUUUCGCCUAUGAGAUAUUCACUUCGCCUCUCAACCUCUUCCUACUGGGAGUAUGUGCAGUCCUCAUUUACAAAAUCCUAAGGCCGUCGGAUGGCAGUGGGGCAGCAUCUGGACCAAGGGAGCCACCCAUACCAAAGCUGAAACGACAGGACAUGACUCUGGAACAGCUGAAGCAGUAUGAUGGCACUGGAGAGCACAGUAGAGUGUGUGUUGGCGUCAAUGGCAAGAUCUUUGAUGUCACCCGUGGCAAGAAGUUCUACGGUCCUGGUGGUCCCUAUGCAGCCUUUGCAGGCCGUGAUGCCACCCGGGCACUGGCCACCUUCAGUGUCAAUGAUGUCAAGGAGGACUAUGACGACCUCAGCGACCUAUCCUCCAUGCAGAUGGACUCAGUGCGUGAGUGGGAGAUGCAAUUCACUGAAAAGUACGAAUACAUUGGCAAAUUGUUAAAGCCUGGAGAGCAGCCAACAGAAUAUUCUGAUGAAGAGGAUGCCAAAGACACCAAAGCGAAAAAGGAUGAGUAAAACACCAUUAUUGGUAAUAGAAAAAAAAAAAAAAACUAAAAAAGAAUUUUUAUGAAGCUACCAAGAUUCUAGCCAGACUCCCAAAGUGCGUUACUAAAAUUUUAAGUUUUUGCACCUCUUGAAAUGUUGAUACUAUGCAAUCAUUGUGGCAAGAAAGAUUGAUUGGUAUGCAACUCUUUGCCCGGAAGUAAAAGUAAAGGAGAUUGCAAUUCUGGAUACAAGACAAAGCAGUAAUUGCUAUGUGCUGCAUAUUUCUAUAAUGUUAACUCUCCCUCCAGCUAUAAUCGAAGGCACCCCACUGAUCUAUCACUAUUAUUCAGAAAAAAAAGAGUUGCAAUACACUGAAGAAAGUAAUUAAAAUUAAACAUUUGAGUGUCUCCAAGGAAUUCCCAUAAAGUGGCAUUAUUUUUUUGGCUGUCUGGCAGAUCUCUUCCAAAUGAUGUGUGUGUUGGGGGCUAAGGUGUUCAAUGAGGGGAGGUUAGACAUAGCUGUGUUUAUUAUAAGGCUAAAGGUCAAGCUCUAGAUGAGGGUCAAACAGUGCCUGCCAAGAUGAAGCCAAGCUGUCAGGGGUGUGAGAAUUGCUUGAUGGGAAAGGGGAGCAUGACACACAUAGAUAAGGUUAAUAUAUUUCUUUUCUUUCAAUAUGGUUAGUUUUUAACAAUGAUAUAUGGUGUUUAGAGAGCUUUGAGUCUUAUCUUGCUGUGUUUGCUCACAUUAGGCUUGAUCUCUUCUCUUUCACUCCCCUGAAGAAGGUAAGAAAGAAAAUUCAACAUUUAAUGGUUAUGGGGAAUUUCAUUUUUGUGUUGGCUUUUCUUGAAUAUUUAAAACCUUUGUGAGACUCCUAAUUUGUGUUGCAGGUAAAAUUGUAAAAUUGCUCUUGUAGUUUUAAUUAGUGAAUAUGUUUGGUACUUUUUUUUAUAACAACAUGCCAUCUGUUAAUUUAGAUGAGAUGAACAAUUAACUAUAGACUGAAAUGUAUUAGUAAGAUAGGUUUCUAGGCUUAGUUGAGUGGCAUAAAGCUGUCUUUCAUUUUCCUUCCUAUAUCGUAGUACUGUCUAAGUUUGUGCAGGUGGGUGGGUGUGUCUCAGAUCGUCUGAUGAAAAUGUAUUUUUGUGUGGGUAUAGGUAUGGAUAUGAAAGGUAGAAGUGUGUGUGUUUGAUUCUGUAUGUGUGUAUGUCUGCAUGUGUAAGAGAUAAAAUGUAUAUGUUUGUUCUGACAGGUAGGAAUUGGCAGGGGUACACCAGUCAUGAAUUGAAAACUGCCUUAUCUGUCAAUGUCAGAGUAAGGAUGACCACAAACUGGUUAGGGGAGGGAGUUGUCAUCUAUGGAGACUGGAUGUAUGACUGGUUGUGGAAAGAGGGAAAGAUGUCAGGUUGGAAGGACUUGUGUAGGUAACUUGGCCUGAAAUCUAUCCUUAGCCUUAUGAAGCACUGCUGUCUUGUAAUUUUUAGUUGCCUCCAAAAUGCUGAUGCAGAGUUAUUUUCAUACCUAUCCAAUAGCUGUACUUGGCCAGAUAUUUAGCUUUCUAAUAUAUAGUAUAUUGUAUCUACUCAGCCUUGAAUGUGAGGGUUUGUACAUCAUUGUGUGAAGAUGAUGAUAUAUGUGUGUGUCCAGAAUAAUGGGUAUAGAAGUGGCUUGAAGAAAAAUAUUGCUAUGUUACCAGAGCUGAAGUUUAUUGAUCAUAUGUGCAUUGCAUAUCAUUAUAACUGGUAAGAAGUGGACAUGUACGUUAUUCUGGUAUGUGUUGUGAGGCAGCACAUUUAGACUUCAAUUGUUAUCUUUUAAUUAUACAUAACUUUUGAACUCAUGGUUAAUAAGAAUAAUUCAAUGAGCAGCUCACAUAUUUUAGUCAUCAUUAUUAUUAUUAAUCUGACUGAUGAGUUAAUGGUCUAUAGGAAAGGUGAAUGAAGUGCAAGUGUGGUCUUGAGUGCAGGACUCUGGUGAUGCUUUUGAAGAAUGCCAAGGAGGCAGACUGUAACAAUAGUGGUGUCUUGAGCCCUUGCAGGGGAUUGAUUGUCAUCACAAGUAGCCAAAAAAAAAAAAAUUACAUGGGCAUAUAUAUAAAUAUAAACAACAUUAUUUUUUUAGCAUAUGUACUCAGUUUGCUUUAUAGUUAUGUAAUUUUUGGAGUAAUUGACUAGCAAGCUUUGGUUUCAAUUAUUAAAUAAGUUAGUAGGGAAAUUACAACUUAUGUUGAAAAUGAUGAUUGAGCUUGUUAUCACGUCAGAUGAAUGAAAUUAAUUAAUUCUAGAGUUGGUGAUUUGGCUCUUGACAGUGUUAUUGUGCCAGCUGACGCAUCAGUAGAGGCAUUUAUAUAAUUCUUGCCAUUGUGGUAUUUCUUUUGGAAUAACACUCGGUAUCUUAUUUAGUCCUGUUUUGUACCAUCAUUGUUAUGCGUGUAAGUUUUUAAUUCUUGCUGUUGAUGUCCAGUAAUAAUGAUGGAAUAUUCUUUUGUGUGCGCUAAAUGUGUUGAUUGGUUGUCUUGAGGUGUCCAGGUUUCAGAUCAUUUGGCAUUCCUGACUCUUGUUCUCUACGCUGUGCAUGAAGAAGUUGAUUUAACUUUGUGAUAUUUAGAGAAGCAGAAUUUGUAUUUAUAUUUUUUACACAUUGUCAAGUGUAGUUUGAUGAUAAAGAAAAAUACAAUCCAUAUGGAACUAAAGUAGGAACCAAUAUCUGUGUGAACAGGAUCACCUUAUUCAAGAUAAGGUGGUCAGCUGUGUACAGGUGAAUGUUAUGUCUAUUCAAAGGAGUCAGUAAACUUAUUAUUAUACAAACUCCAUUCCUUCCACUUCCUGGUGUUACUAUUGGUGUUUUUGCUGUUGUGCUUUCAAGAGGCUCUCUGUAACACCACCUCACUAAGCACAAAACAUUCACAGUUGUGUUAGUUUCCAGAUCUUGUCUAGCUGUUGUGCCUAGGUAGCCCUAUUAUCUAUCUGAGAAACUGAUGCAACUGAACAUAGGCUCACCAAACACUACACCUGACACAGUAUAUUUUACUCUUGCAAAUAUCAAAUAUUGUUACAAUAUUUUACAGGAUCCAGCACCCAAAAAUGUAAGUCAAAUAUCCUUCUCUGAAUUACUGAGACACUACUUGACAUGUUACCCAGAGUUAACAUAGAAUUGCAGUGUGUGGGUAUGUACUGAUAACUAGAAUAAUUGACAGUUGGAGGACAAGAACAGUAGUCUUGAUUAAGGGCACUUCACUGAAGUAGAGAUAGGGAGUGGUUGAAGUGGACGUCAUCCAAAUAUUGCUCAUCUCCCUGGAAAUUUUGAACAUGACUUGUAAUUUGUAGUGCAUCAGUGAGUUAGAUGGCAACUUUUUGAUUUGUGAAUGACAUUGAAAGUCGAAUUCAGGGUGCAGUACUUAGUCUAAUUUAAUGUGUCAAAUGGCUUAUAAGUUAUAUCUUUAAAUUUAAGUUGAAUAAAUAAAAAAGUGCCUUAAUUCAUAUUCAUCUGGUGUCAUUUGUAUGCUCUGGAUCAUGCACCAUUUUUACAAAGUCCUUAAAUAUAAUGAGAGCCAAUA